UAUUUAAUAAAUGCUCUUCUUGUAACUAUUUUUAGACAAUGGCCUGCAGAUUGACUUCCAGCAGAUACUGGAGGAUGGAGGAAGUCAAACAAUUAAACAAAUACAGGUUGACAGUUCAAGUACUGACAAGUUCCAGGUUAUGUGUAGGGUGAACAAUGUGAAUCAGUUGUUUAGAAUCAAUACAUUAAGGGUACAAUAUAAGGCAAGUGAAAAUGCCCAAGUCUUAACAGACCUAGCCAUUUUGCAAAAUGUUGAUGCCGCCAAGCCAGACACAUACCAGAAACCUGUGUUAGCAUCUGGUGCAGGUUCUAGUUGGACUGUAGUGGGAAGUUUUGAUACAACAAACAGUAACGGAAGGGAUAGUACCUUGGGCGUGUCUCGUCCUGUUUCUUCUAUAACCUGUAGUAAUGCCGUCGAGUACAGAUGCCAUAUUUCUUACACAAAGCCUGGGCCUGAUUAUAGUACUGAAACUGGCAUAAUUUCAAAGGAGCUUGAUGUUCAAGUUUUACCUACUACCAUCACAAGGCAAGUCUACAACAUGAGUGCCUUGAGUUCACUCCCAAUAGCCCUUUCUGACACGAUUGAACCCUUCCACGUGGGACAAACAGUCAAGAUGGAGUGCUCUGCCAACAUCGGCUCCUUCAACGAUACCGCCCAGAUCCGCUGGUUAAAGAGCAACAUUUCCUGA